AUGUCGGACGAGGAAUCGCGACACGCGGAUGCUGCUGACGACAGACUCGAGUCGGAGCCGCAUCGCUCGGAUGAGGAGGUUGAGGUUGCUGAUGACGACGCUGUAGAAGGAGUCGGGGCUCAGGACGAGACCGAUGUCGGUGGUGAAAAUUCCGCUGAAAAUGAUGCUGGCGAGCAGGCUGGUGAGGGUGCUGAAGUAGAAGAAGAGAAUGGGGAGGAAAAUGCAAAGGAAAAUGAUGAGGGAGCUGAUGGUAAUAAUGGCGAGGAUGACGACGGGUUGGAAGAUCUGCCUGAAGAAGACGACGAGGAUGAUAACGGUGAAAGCAGUAAAAAGAACGCGGAAAAGACGUUUGGCGAUUCGGAGAGUGAGCUGUCAGAUCUGGAUGAAGACGCUUUUGAAGACGAGAACGAGAAAAUCAUCGACGAAUCGGUUUUCAACUCAAUCAAAUCACACAAACGCAGCAGCGGGGCGUCGACAUCCAGUACCAAGAAAGAGAAAACUCGGCCGAAAAAGUCUCAUUUAGACGGCGAGAUUGUGUCGGAUAAUGAAGAUUAUCCUUCUGAGUACCAGAAAGAGUCUCUUGAAGACCUGGAUCCCGAAACAAGAGCCCGUCGUGAACUGGAAAUGAAACUAGACGCUGCUCUGAAGAAACCAUCGUCCAAACGACGAAAACUCGAUGGCGACGAUAUCGAGCAAAUGCAGGACGAGAAAAUAUCACAUCUCCGUGAACAGAUGCGUGGAGCUGCUAUUGCUGAUGCCGAGUGUAUUAAAAAUGGCGUGCCUGCCAUCAACAAACUCAAGCUGUUACCGGCUGUACGAGACGUGCUGAAUAAACAGAAUCUAGCUGACAGUAUUCUCGAUAAUAAUCUGCUCGAAGCUGUUCGACAGUGGCUUGAACCGUUACCAGAUGCUUCAUUGCCUGGAUACGAGAUUCAAAAAGAGCUGUUUGCUGCUAUUGACAGACUGCCUAUUAAGACAAUUCAUUUGCGAGAAUCCGGUCUUGGCAAGGUGGUUCUGUUCUACCAGAAGUCGAAACGUCCUCAAUUGACCAUUAAACGGACUGCCGAUAAACUCAUUGGUAAAUGGACUCGUCCUAUUAUGGGUCGUUCCGAUAACUACAGAGACAAGGAGGUUGUUAGUCGGUCGUAUGAUCCAUAUGAGAUGGCUCGUCAAAUCGCACUUGGCCAGCGUCGUGCUUCUACCCAUGAACAAGUGAGUUUGGCUGAAGAGGCUGCUGCCAGAAGGAACCGUGCUGCCAUUCCCACCGUCAAACCCGUCACUUUCGAUGUGGCUCCUCAAUCGAACCUGUCUACCCAAUUCACUGCCCGCCGCCCCACUGGCGAAGACCAGUUCCGCAAGAUCAAGCAGCGCAUGACCGCCAGUCGCUCCGUCAAAACCCGCAAAUCGGGCGUCAGUAUCGAGGGAAAGGAGCUCAAGCACUAG